AUGCAAGACUCAAAUGGUUUGGGAUUCUCAUCCCCAAUGCUUGAGAGGGCGAGCGGUGGGAGAGCGGCGGACAGCUAUGUGUCAGCUUCAAUGCAAUUUGCCAAAAUAGGCAAGCUUGACAGAGCCAUUGGAAUCAAAGAAGAUGUUACUUGCCUUGAUAUCAUAGUGGACAACGUCCUUGCUGUGGAGAAAGAGAUUUGGGGAAGAGAAGAAGAUACAGGAAGGGAAGACGUUUAUAGCGUGAUCAGCGCUGGCGUUAACACCAUCGUUUACAAGGCCACCUGCUCGAAUCUCAAAUCGGUGGUCGCGAUCAAGGCCUUCAAUGGAAAGAUCACAGACAAGAAGGAAGAUAUCAAUUUAUGUUCUUGGACGAUUGACUACCUCUUUCAUACCAACCUCCUAAAACCCAACUGUUCCUUUGGAGUCGAUAACAAAAUUUGGGUGGUUAUGCCAUUCAUGUCCUAUGACUCACUUCGCUCCAUCUCCUCUUCUUUUCCUAAGGGCAUUUCUGAGACAUACAUCUCUAUUAUCUUAAAAGAAACCCUACGUGCGCUUUCCUACCUCCACAGUGAGGGCGUUGUCCACCAUGAUAUCAAGGCAGGUAAUAUCUUCUUUGAUUCCAAUGGCUCUGUCAAGCUUGCCUAUUUUGGCGAAUCUGCAGCCCAUUAUCAAGAGAUAUCAUCUUACUCCGUAUCGUCUCUCUCGUCAUUCAACGACCUCAAUGGGAUGCCGUACUGGAUGACACCAGAAGUUAUAUUCUCAACGGUUGAAGACAGGUUCAUGUCUAAUGACGUCAUGUCGGACAUAUGGAUUUUCAGCAUCACUGCAUUGGAGCUGGCACAUGGCUGUCCGCUGCUCUCCCAUCGCCCGCCCUCUUAAGCAUUGGGGAUGAGAAUCCCAAACCAUCUGAGUUUUGCAUAUCACGAGGAUGACGGAAGCAUCAGAAAAGAUUUUUUCCAGGCUUUCAAAGAUUUAGUUGGUUCUUGCUUAACACAAGAUCUGUUGAAGAGGCUGACCACUGAGGCUUUGCUCGACCAUCCCUUCAAGAAUUCUAAGCAUUCCUAUUUUCUUAUCUAGCACAUGCUUCUGGGUCGUGUGCUAGAUAUUGAGAAAAUGGUCGAGUCAUCAAGAACAUCAAUCGAAGGUGAUGAUGAAAACAAAGAUGACGACGGGACAACGCUGCAUGUCAAGACUAGGAUGAUUAAUGGGUGAAAUUUUAAUGAAGAUCUAUUGCUGUUGGAACCUAUUUUCGCUACUGAUAGUGAUGAUGAGAACGCCACUCAUCAAGAUGAAGAACAUGACAGGAUGUCACCGUCUGCCAAGAGCAGACGGAUUGACCAAGAUCACAAGAUGAUGAUGAAGAUGGUGAUUUUACGGUAAGAUGAA